UCUGUUUUUAAUAAUACCUGUAACCAUGGACAGGUGAUUAGAAGAAGAGGAGAGGAGCAGCAAUUAUCCCGUCAAACUUUUCUCUACCACAAUUUUGGGACAUUUUUUUUAACUCUUCUCUUUCAUUUCUCUUCCAAUUUUCGUAAAAUUAAUUUUUUUUUCUUAUGACAAAGGAAAUUUGUAGGGGUUUCUUAAUCUUCUACCCAUAAUUUCUUAGCUCAUUUUGGAUUAUCCUCCUCAACUACUGUUUCCUCCUGGAUCAUUCACCUUCUUAAUUAGUACCAUGGCUGAUGUUCUAGCUAUUGAUCGAGUGGUUGAGAUGGACAACAUGGAUGAUGACAAGAAGAACGCCGUGGGGACUUUCAAGAAGAAGGCGAUGAAUGCUUCGAGCAAGUUUAAGAGCUCAUUUUCAAGGAGGAGGAGGAGCAGUAAGGUCAUGUCUGUCGAUUUUGUAGAUAUUCAUGAUUUUGAGGAGGCUCAAGCUGUUGAAUCUCUUCGCCAAGCCCUUAUAUUGGAAGAACUCUUGCCUUCUAAAUUUGAUGAUUAUCAUGUGAUGCUCAGAUUUUUAAGGGCACGAAAAUUCGAUCUUGAGAAAGCAAAACAAAUGUGGGGGGAUAUGCUGCACUGGAGGAUGGAAUUUGGUGCUGACACUAUCAUGGAGGAAUUUGAUUUCAAAGAAAUCAAUGAAGUUUUGGAGCAUUAUCCUCAAGGACAUCAUGGAAUAGAUAAGGAUGGUCGACCUGUUUACAUAGAGCUUCUUGGCAAAGUAGAUGCUACAAAACUGAUGCAAGCCACAACCAUAGACAGAUAUAUCAAAUAUCAUGUUAUGGAGUUUGAGAGGACUUUUGCUGUUAAGUUUCCAGCAUGUUCAAUUACUGCUAAGAAGCAUAUUGAUCAAAGUACAACCAUAUUAGAUGUUUCUGGAGUGGGACUGAAACAAUUCAACAAAGCUGCAAGGGAGUUGAUUGGCCGCCUUCAGAAAGUUGACGGUGACAAUUAUCCAGAGACCCUAAACCGUAUGUUCAUCAUAAAUGCUGGUUCUGGAUUUAGACUUCUGUGGAACAGUGUCAAAGGUUUUCUUGACCCAAAGACCACAGCAAAAAUAACAGUUCUUGGUAACAAGUACCAGAGCAAGUUACUUGAAAUAAUAGAGGCUAAUGAGCUGCCAGAGUUCUUAGGAGGUACCUGUACUUGCGCGGACGAAGGAGGUUGUCUGCGUUCUGACAAAGGACCCUGGAAGGACCCUGAAAUAUUGAAGAAGGUACAAAAUGGCGGAGCAUCAUGUAAGCAACUUGGAAACCACAACCACCAUCGGUGUGAUGAGAAGACAAUAACCGAGGAUGUAGGCCAUGUGGCAUCCAAGAAGGUGCAGAAUGAUGCAGAGGCUGUAAAUACCAAUAACGAGCAUCUACAACUUGCUCCCAUUAGAGAAGAAGAUAAUAACAAGCUUGUGAGCCCUAACAGUUUAGUGGCUGUAGUUACUAAACCUAAACCUGUUGAUGAUUCUUGGCAUAAGAUGGUCAACAACAACAACUAUGCCAUAGUCAAAGCUGACUGCUACACAAUAAACAGUGGUUUCAAGCCACCAGAAGGAAUCAGCAACCAGAUAGUAGCUGGUUUAAUGGCUUUUAUAAUGGGUAUAGUCACAAUGGUGAGACUGACUCGUACAAUGCCAAAGAAGAUGACUGAUGCUAAUAUCUACGGCCCUCCCAUGUACUGUUUUGACUCGAUGGCCAAAGCUCAGGGGCAUGAAAUAGUUGCUCCAGGAAUCUCCAACGUUGAGUUCAUGACCGUCAUAAAACGUAUGGCAGCCAUGGAAGAGAAACUCAUGGAAAUGGCUGUCAAACCUGAUGUUAUUACUGAGAAAGAGGAGAUGCUACAGGUUGCUUCUAAUCGAGUUGAUGCCCUUGAGCAUGAGCUUUCAGCUACUAAGAAGGCUCUGGAAGAUGCAUUGUCAAAGCAAGAGGAACUCUUAGCAUUCAUGGAGAAGAAAAAGAAGAAGAAGAAGAUGUUUGCCUGGUGAAGAAGAUGCUAGAAGGCUGGUGUUUUGUGAUAUGUGAUUUGUGCUCCAAACACCCCCCCAAUGCCUUGAAGAUUGUUAAUAGUAUAGGCGUAUAGCCCUCCCGUAAAAAAAAAAUCACAAAAAAAAAAUCAACUCUCAGAAAAAAAAAAUUAUUGUAAAAAGAUUGUCCAGUAUAAUAGGAGCCCUUGGACUGUUUUGUUUGAUUUCCUUUGUACUUUUGCUACUACUAGUGAGAGAUUUUGGCUGUGUAUAUCUUGCACAUGAAAAAUACAUUGUGAAUUUGAUAAUCUACCAGAAAACCAUUCUGAUUA